UAAACAUUUCUUAAGUAUACUCGCAAUACCAACGGGGAUUUCUUUUUAUUCUGGCUUGCACUAAGGACUAAGAAAAAGGAGAGUUAGAAGCAUUGACUUGUUGCGUGCAUAUUUUUUUCUCUAAGGAUUUGAAUUGUUUUCAAAUUUAACUUUCUGUCUGGCAUGGUAAUUGAUAUCCUUCUCACCAUCGCCCGAAACGCCACAAAAGGACAUUUGCCUUAGUUCAUAUCAUCAUAUCGAAAGAAAAAAAGAGGCUACAACAUUAGACAACUGCUGCGACCAAUACAUUGACAAUAACCAUUUUGUGGAAAUUUUUGUGGAUUUUUGUUAUCAUAUCAUCUCGAGACAUUCACCCUCACCAUGGGUCGUAAAAUUACAGUAGCCGUUUCAACCUUAAACCAAUGGGCCUUAGAUUUUGAAGGUAAUUUGGCACGUAUCCUGCAAUCAAUUAUGGAAGCCAAAGAUAUGGGGGCAUCAUAUCGCACCGGUCCUGAACUGGAAGUAAGUGGUUACAGUUGUGAAGACCACUUUCGGGAACCUGACACCUACUUGCAUUCAUGGGAAGUUUUGCUAGAAAUUAUGAUGUCGCCCAUAUGUGAACAUAUGCUGAUCGAUGUUGGCAUGCCGGUAAUGCAUCGCAAUGUGGCCUAUAAUUGCCGUGUGGCCUUCUUCAAUCGCAAAAUUUUAUUAAUACGACCAAAAAUGUCCAACUGUGAUGAUGGAAAUUAUCGUGAGACAAGAUGGUUUACACCAUGGACCAAGGCUUUACAGACGGAGGAUUUCUAUUUACCUCGAAUGAUAUCACAACAUACAGGCCAGGAUACUGUGCCCUUUGGUGAUGCUGUUAUAGCCACCAGAGAUACUUGCAUUGGCUAUGAAAUCUGCGAAGAGCUGUGGAAUGUCAAAAGCAAACACAUUGACAUGUCCCUUUCCGGAGUGGAGAUCAUUGUCAAUAGUUCCGGCAGCUAUAUGGAAUUGCGUAAAGCCCACAUUACCACCGAUUUGAUACGCAAUGCCAGUUUUAAGGCUGGCGGUGCCUAUCUCUUUAGCAAUCUGCGCGGCUGUGAUGGUCAAAGGGUGUUCUUCAAUGGCUGCUCGGCCAUAGCUUUAAAUGGGGAGAUUAUUGGUCGCGGCAAACAAUUCUCCCUGCAAGAUGUGGAAGUUACUUUAGCCACCAUCGAUUUGGAGGAAAUACGUGCAUAUCGUGUGGCCCAACGUUCCCGCUGUUCAAUGGCUGCCUCAGCUCCCACAUAUCCACGCAUCAACUGUGAUUUUGAAAUGUCUACCCAUUGUGAUAUAUUUAAAACUGCCAGUACUCCCAUGCAGUGGAUCUAUCAUACGCCCGAAGAGGAGAUAGCCAUGGGUCCGGCCUGUUGGUUAUGGGAUUACUUGAGACGUUCUGGACAAGGCGGUUUCUUUUUACCCCUGUCUGGCGGUGUGGAUUCAAGCAGUUCCGCCACAAUAGUACAUUCCAUGUGUCGCAUGAUUGUGAGCGCCGUUCAAUCUGGAGAUCCUCAAGUUCUGCAUGAUAUACGCAAAAUUUUGGCCGAUCAUGAGUACACACCCGAUAAUCCAGCUGCCUUGUGUAAUCGUCUCUUGGUCACCUGCUUCAUGGGAAGUGUCAAUUCGAGUAAAGAGACUCGUCGUCGUGCCUCACAAUUGGCCAGCCAAUUGGGUAGUUAUCACAUUGAGAUAAGCAUUGAUACCGCUGUCAAUGCUCUGUUGGGCAUAUUCAAUGCCGUCACUGGUUUGACGCCACGUUUUCGUACUCAGGGAGGAUGUGCACGUCAAAAUCUAGCCUUGCAGAAUAUACAAUCUCGCAUACGCAUGGUAUUGGCCUAUAUUUUUGCUCAACUCAUGCUGUGGGUACGCAAUCGUCCUGGCGGUUUGUUGGUCCUGGGCUCCGCCAAUGUCGACGAAUCGUUGAGGGGCUAUUUGACAAAAUACGAUUGCUCAUCGGCUGAUGUGAAUCCCAUAGGUGGUAUAUCGAAAACGGAUCUGAGAAGAUUUUUAUGCUAUGCCAAAGACAAAUACAAUCUACCUAUACUCGAGUCAAUUAUUGAAGCUCCACCCACUGCCGAACUGGAACCAUUACAAGAUGGCCAGUUAAUGCAAACCGAUGAGCAAGACAUGGGAAUGACCUAUGCUGAACUCAGUGAAUAUGGCCGCCUACGCAAACAAUCAUGCUGUGGACCAUAUAGUAUGUUUUGUCGUCUAGUGGCCACCUGGAAAGGUGAUCUUAGUCCCAAGGAAGUUGCAGAUAAAGUCAAACACUUCUUUAGAUGCUAUGCCAUCAAUCGUCAUAAGAUGACUGUUCUAACACCCUCGGUGCAUGCCGAAAGCUAUAGUCCCGAUGAUAAUCGUUUCGAUCAUCGUCCCUUCUUAUAUCGAGCCAAUUGGAGUUGGCAAUUUAAGGCCAUUGAUGAUGAAGUCGAUAAACUGCAACCGAUUUAUACGCCAUCGACUUCAGCGCAUGCACGGCCCAGUACCGAUGAUCUGCUGUCAUCACAAGAGUCGACACAUAGAUCAUCGUCGCACCAUCAUCACCACCACCACCAUCACCAACACCAACAGAGUGAUUCGAAACACUCAUCACCGUUGUCCACAUCUUCGGUAGAUGUGGCCGCUGCCUCCACAGCCACACCGCUGGGUACCGCACCCAGCGGCAGCCUUGGUGCUUUGGGUAAAAAAUCCAGUGGCUAUGCCAAGGUGCAUGUCAAUGUUUUGGGAAAAAUCAAAGAUCGUACCGGCAUACCGGUCUAAUAAAAGGUUUUUUGCGCUACGGUAUUGCGAAGACUACGAAGACAAAUGGAAAACUCAGAGAAGUCCCAGUGCUUUGUUAACAUUUUAUUUAAAGAACAAUUUGACCAAUUAUAGAACAAACAAAAAAGGAAUUAAGAACAAAAAAAACUUAAAGGAAAAAACAAAAAACCUAAAAACAAAGAAAAAGGAAAUUGAAAACUCGCUUUAACAAAAGUAAAAGAUCCUAAUUUAGCUGAUACAUAUGGGAAAUAAACUUCUUUUUAGCACUUAA